AAACCAGUGGGUGCUUCAGCAGAGAAAAAAUUGAAAGUUGAACCACCAAAGAUUGAUGGAUUUGAGGUCCAGUUUGAGUGGCAAGGGGAUCAAGGAAAGUGGGUUCGGUUUACCAAAAAAUUCAAUAAACUGCUAACAGAAGAGUAUAAUAAAGGAAAGAAGCAGGUAGAACUGGUUGUACCAACUGGAGCAACACUGAUGAUCAAUUUUGAGAAAAUGAUUCAGAAAAAUAAGAAGACAGGAUAUCAAAGACGGAUUCGUGUUGCACUAAGGAGUGAUAAGGACACAGAUUUUAACGUUCUGGAAUGGCAAGACAAAAAUAAUACAUGGAAUCCUUACCCCAUUCAGAACAGUAUUCAGUUGGAACAAAUUUUUCAGUCGGGGUCACAACUUGGCGUGAUCAAAUCUCCACCCAACAGUAGCAACUCUGAAGAAAUAGACCUGAAUAAAAUGACAUCAACAAAUUUGAAGAGCAAGCUUUUUACAUCAAUUAGACGACAGAAUCCAG